AUGCACCUCCUAAACCUGCCCACAGAACUCCUAGAAUAUAUUUUCGACUUUUCUUCUGUCACCAGCUGCCUUCAAACAGCUUAUACCUGUCGCACGCUCUUUGCAGUUCUCUCAAACUAUCGCAAGGGGCUUUUGUACCAAUUGUCUCAACUCCCCUCAACCCCUAGAACCCUCAGCACUGUCAAUACCAGUCACAGUGGUGGUGGUGACAAUAACGACAAUGAACUCUCCUCUAAAGGCAUAGCAGAGCUCUUUCUCUUGCUCCAAAGACGGGCAGCCCAGCAGCUGCGUGGCGCCAACUUCCACGCCAACCAAAGUGUAUACACUUUUGACAAGGGCGCACCUGCCAUUGACACUCUGGCUUCAACCAUACACCGUGACGGUGAUCCCAAUGUAGCGUUGGUGCAGAAGGGUCUACCCAGUGUUUUCUUGUAUUUUGUUUCUGGGGGUCGGAUGGUACCGCGGGGCGUGCUGGAAGCCUUCACCGUAUGUCCUGGGAAGGUUGAGGUGAUUAAGGCCAUUAUUAGUGACAGGGGGAAUAUGGUUUCUGUAUUGCAGAGAUUUACGCCCUUUCCGGCAAAGGACGGUGAGAACGGGUCCCAAGGAGUUGGCGAAAGUGGAACUGUGAAUGGCCAUGGGAAGACGCCGAGAAACAAACACCCCUUCGAAGAAGAGGCGAUGAGGCCGUACCGGGCCGAAAGCACACAGCUUGUGCAUUACCGCCGCAGCAAGCCCGGGUCAGGAUAUUCGCGCGUGACGAUUUCUGCCUUCCCGGCCCAAGAUGAGUAUCGCCCAUUGGCAAUUGCUGUGGCCGGUCAAUAUCUGGUGGCGAUAUCAUGGCAGCAUAAGCAGCAUCCAGACAGACGUAUGAUUGUUGUCCAUGCCGCGCAACAAGACGAGACUGUAGGAAAAAUGAAACUAUCGUACCAAGUUUACAACGACAAUAUUAUCAUCGACGAAGACGGAACCAUGCCGUAUGACAACGGUUACCAUCAACACCGGAACACACGGCCUAUCGAACCGGUAAUCCAAAUGGCCUUCAAUGACGGCGUUACGCAGCUGCUCUACUAUCACCCUGCCUCAACAAUAUAUGGCCAUUUCCAACGCAUCGAUCUUAUACCCGGUGGAGCAAUAAGCACCAGCGGUCUCCUUGGCAACUCCUGCUGGGUAAUAUACCGCAACAACCUCACAAUCAACAAUGUCGAAGAAGACAACCUUAGAUUCACUAUCGCCAUUCCUUUCUUCAGCACGCACGAGACCGUGACCAAUCACUUGAAUCGUGAGCAGUGCCACUGGAAAUACCUGGCUCUCGGCACCGCGACAGACAAUCGCGGCGAACUCGUGGCCUGCAUCCUCAUGACAGAAACCUUCUGCCGCUCUGUCCACUGCCAUCACAUCGAGAACCUCGACCGUGGUCGGCGCUUCGAUAGCUGGCGCGUUGCUGCGCGGUUGGCCGGGUACAGCACAAGCGUGAACACGCUGCCGGGGAUCGUAGCAACGUCGCGAUGCGCGACGCGUCUGGCGAUUGCGAAUUGGAAGACCAUCACGGUUUGGCCUUUGGACCCGCAAGCGAUCAUUGAAUGGAAUGCGUCUGGUGUCUACCCAGAGAACAUGAUUGAUGCCGGCGUGACCGGUGCUGUUUUGUUGGAACCCGUGGUAUUGGAGAGUGAGGCUGUGUGUUUCAUGUUAAGUUUUGGGGAAGGGGAGGAUGAGAUUGUUUCGCUGACGGAUCGCGGAGUUAUGAGGUGGGAGAUUGGGGCCGGGACAGUGGGGAGGAAAGAAGGGGCAGUUUUGGGGCUUUUGGACGGAGCUUGGGGGAACGAAGGGGAGAGUGAGGGGGAGGAGAGUGCGGAUAGGAAGAUAAAAGGAGCGGGCGCGGAUACGGAUGAAGAGGGACUCUUUGUAUAUGAAGGGGGUGAGUCGGAAAUUGGUAGUGAGAUGAGUGACGAUAGCGAAGCGCAGGUUAAUGGCGUCGAGGACGAAGAAGAUCAAGAGAUGGAAGAUGCUGACAACCAUAGUGAUGGUGAUGGUGGGACUUUUCAAUCCUUUCUACCCUCAAGUUCUCAUGUCCCACCAUAA